CACGGCAUUACCUCAGGGGAAUGGCAUGUGAUGACAGCGGGGGGACAGCACGGUGUGUCCGGCCCGCUCGCAGCACACGUGUCGGGGCGGUGCCGCUGCCCGGGGCGAGCGGACAUGGCGGGGCGGCUGCGGAGGCUCGGCAGCGUUGCCUUUAGGCAGCAGAAAUGGAAAAGUUCUGUCUCCACACAAGCAAAAAUGCCUCCUUGUGAUUUUGUCCCUGAAAAAUAUGAAUUCUAUCCAUAUGAACGUAUGCAGAAGAUUCGUGAACAAAAUAUUGCGCCUUCACUGCGAACAUAUUACAAGAAGCCAUUGCUGCUGCACCAGGGACAUAUGCAGUGGUUGUUUGAUCAUGAAGGACGAAGGUACCUUGAUCUCUUUGCUGGAAUUGUCACUGUCAGCGUUGGACACUGUCACCCGAAGGUAACUAUGGCUACCCAGAAGCAGCUGGCUCGCCUGUGGCAUACCACCAAUAUCUACAUGUACCCAGCAAUCCACGAGUAUGCUGAAAAGCUAACUUCUCUUUUUCCAGAUCCACUGAAGGUGGUUUAUCUCACCAACAGCGGGUCAGAAGCCAAUGAUUUAGCUAUGUUCAUGGCAAGGCUACACACUCGUAACUUCGACAUCAUCUCUCUCAGAGGAGGAUACCACGGAGGCAGCCCAUACACUCUGGGUUUGACAUCUCUGACUCCUUACAAGCAUGGUGUUGCCAAUGGCUUUGGCUGUACAACUACAAUGUUACCAGAUGUUUUUCGUGGUCCGUGGGGAGGCAGCCAUUGUAGAGAUUCUCCAGUGCAAACUGUUCGGAAAUGCAGCUGUGCCGAAGGUGCAUGUCUUGCAAAAGACCAGUACAUUGAACAAUUCAAAGAUACUCUGAACACCUCAGUGCCCAAGACGGUAGCUGGAUUUAUUGCUGAACCAAUUCAAGGUGUUAAUGGAGCUGUUCAGUAUCCAAGAAAUUUCUUAAAGGAAGCUUACCAGCUUAUACGGGAAAGAGGGGGCCUUUGCAUUUCAGAUGAAGUACAGACAGGAUUUGGACGGACAGGCAGCCAUUUCUGGGGAUUUCAAACUCAUGGCGUAGUGCCUGACAUCGUUACUUUGGCAAAAGGAAUUGGUAAUGGCUUCCCAAUGGCAGCUGUUGUUACAACAAAAGAGAUUGCAAGUUCCUUGGCUCAAAAUCUUCACUUUAAUACAUUUGGAGGAAACCCUUUGGCCUGUGUAGCUGGAGCUGCAGUUCUUGAUGCUAUUGAAGAAGACGGUCUGCAAAAAAACAGUGAGGAUGUGGGAACAUAUAUGCUGCUUGAGUUGGCUAAACUGCGGGAUAAAUUUGAGAUUGUUGGAGAUGUCCGUGGCAAGGGACUUAUGAUUGGAAUAGAAAUGGUCACAGAUAAGGAGAGUCGACGCCCUCUUCCAGCUGAAGAAAUCGGUCAGAUCUGGGAGGACUGUAAGGACAUGGGGGUUCUGAUCGGCAGAGGAGGGCUCUACAGCCAGACAUUCAGAAUUAAGCCUCCUAUGUGCAUUACUAAGAGGGAUGUCGACUUUGCUGUGGAAGUAUUUCAUACUGCUUUACAGAAACACGUGGAAAGAGCAGCUACAAAAUAGACUUGAUUUGUUUCCUUACGUGAGAGACACACACGAUCCCUGAUACCUGUGACCCAGACUGGGCACUAAUUACCUUGGAAAAUCAAAUCAUAGUGUGAUGAUUACAUGCUUAUUCAGUAUCAUAAGAGCAUCUAACCGAUAGUGUUCAACAAAAGACAUGGUGUAAUCUGUUUUGUAAAUGUACAGUUCAGUUCUACAGUGCUGAUUUGUAUUAACUGCACAUAUAUUUUGCCAUUAUCAAAAAAAACCCCUGACUGGAUUAACAGAGUACCAAAUGGAGAGGCAGGUGUAUGUUCAUCUUUCCCCUGUGGAAGUUAUAUCAAAAUCAGUGAUUUUUAGAGUGACAGAAAGAGUCGGGGAAGAAAUCUCAGAGUUAAAACUGUUUACCCUGCCUACAAGGACACCCUGUAAUUAGAGCAUUACAAGAGGUUUGCAGACAGUUGAGAUGUUUCUAAUUACAGUAAUUAUUUUUAUCAUGGGGAUAAAAAAUCCAGUCAUCACCCUCUCCAAAAUACACUUCUGUUUUCCUCCUGCUGCUUUUGGGAUUGCACAGCACACCCAUUAAUCAUUUUGUAAAGGUGCAAACUCUGGAAGGUGGAAUAAGAUGUUCUUUCUUACAUAAUCACUUUUUAAUGUGUAAGUUGAUUGCUUCCUUCAGUGUCCAAUUAAAAAAAACCCAGAUGUUGUGGACAGUCAGCAAGAACUGUACAUUUAUUAUUUUACUUUUAUUCCAGUUUUAAUAUUUGAAAAAUUCCUUGACUCAAUAAAGUAUUCUGCCAG